AUGAAUGCUUCAAAACUGCUUCUUAACCCAGCAACCCAGCGAUCUUUCAUUCUUUCUUCAGCCAAUCGCGGUUCGCUUCAAUCUACUAUUGGGAUAUCUGCUAGCCGACAGUUUUUAAGAUCAUGGGUUGCUCACGACCGGCCGGCUUACAUCUUGUUUGCUUCUCAACGGUUUUUGAAUACAGAAACAUCUACUCCUAGUAGUAACACAGUUAUACCCCCCCCCGGUUUCGAUGCUCAAGAGGCUAGGAAGCCAUUAGCUCGAGAUGUUGUCACAGAAAAAGUACACCUAGGUGAAACGACUAUUCCUUCAACGGCUGUGAAACUGGGGCAAAUUGGGACUACCCCAGCAAGGUCAGAGGCAGCCGAUGGCAAAGAAGUUACCGUGGUCCCCGCAAUCAAUGGAAAAUCCCAUGAUAAGAAAAAGGAGGAAAAAAAGACGACUGUGUGGCAGAAAAUUAAACAUGGGGUGCAGCACUUUUGGGAUGGGACAAAGCUUCUCGGUGCCGAGAUUAAAAUAUCGUCAAAUUUGGCGCUGAAAAUGGCAGCAGGCUACGAGCUCAGCCGGAGGGAACGUCGUCAGCUUGAACGUACAGUCAAGGAUCUAGGCCGUCUUGUUCCAUUCUCCGUUUUCAUAAUUGUACCAGCCGGAGAGCUCUUCUUACCCAUCGCACUCAAAAUAUUUCCAAACUUACUCCCUAGCACAUAUGAGGAUCAAAAAGCCAAAGAUUUGAAGUCAAGCAAGCUUCGCUCAACUCGCAAGGACGUCUCAAACUUUUUGAGAACAACUAUGCGUGAAGGCGGCAUCCAACUAAGUGCUAAGACAAGGCAAAGAGAAGAGUUCGCGCAGUUUUUUCAAAAGAUUCGGUCGAGCGGAGAAUCCCCCAGUCACGAAGAUGUGAUUAAAGUUUGCAAGAUCUUCCGCGAUGAUCUUACUCUUGAUAAUCUUUCAAGAGCUCAACUUGUGGGCAUGUGUCGUUACAUGAAUUUGAAUACAUUUGGCACGGAUGCGAUUCUUCGAUACAACAUUCGCCACCGAAUGCGACAGAUCAAACGUGACGACCGUGCCAUCUCUUACGAAGGGGUAGAUUCGCUAUCCGUCCCAGAAUUACAAACUGCUUGUGCAUCCCGGGGCAUACGCACCCACGGAGUCAGUCCGGGGCGACUAAGGGACGACCUUAACACUUGGCUUGAACUUCGCCUGAAGCAUGGGCUCCCCUCUACUCUUCUGGUGCUAUCCAAUGCAUUCAUGUAUCAAGGAAAAGAGAGUGAGAUUGAAUCUCACUAUGAUGCAUUGGUUGCUGUCUUGAGUAGCAUUCCGGAAGAACUUUAUCAUGAAAUUGAGUUGGAGGUUAACACUGCAGAGGGAGCAGCAACCAACAAGCAAAGACUGGAGGUUUUGAGGGAGCAGCAGGAGCUCAUUGAAGAGGAGAAUGAACAACGAUCUGCGGGCGAAUCGGCCUCUAAGAGGAAUGUGAAGGACGACCAAGACAUCGACGAGAAGGAAGAUGAUAAGAGGACACCUGAUGAAGAAGCUAGCAACGCACAGUCGGGUAGUAGUGCAGAGAAAAGGUAA